AUGGCUUGUAGAAUUCAUCUGGUUUUGAUCUUCUCAUGUGUUCAUCUGAUUUUCUUGUCAAGUCAACAAGAAACAAGCUUUGUCUACAUUGGCUUCCAUAAAGCAGAUCUCUUCAUAGAUGGGCUCGCCAAGAUCUUACCUGAUGGUCUUUUGCAGCUUACAAAUACCACAGAGUUACAAAUGGGCCAUGCUUUCUUCAAGCAGCCAUUUGAUUUCCAUCCAUCUUCAUCACUUUCCUUCUAUACACAUUUCGUGUGUGCGUUGGUGCCUCCUAAGUUGGGAGCUGAUGGUGGCCAUGGAAUUGCCUUUGUUGUAUCUCCUUCCAUGGAUCUCUCACAUGCUCUCGCAACUCAGUACAUGGGCGUCUUCAGCAACCCAACAAACGAGACUUCUUCUUCUUCUUCUUCUUCUCAUCUGCUAGCUAUUGAGCUUGAUACUGUUAAGACAGUAGAGUUUAACGAGUUGAGGAGCCUCACGUUGGGAUUGAUGUGA